AUGGACUUUUUCUUUUUUUUUUUCUCUUCAAUUUCUCUCUCUCUCUCUCUCAAUGUGCCCUCGUAUGCCUCUCACCGUCUCGACUUUCUCUUCUCCAGAAAACAGGGGAGAUAA